GGGCAGUGCCCGGGGCCCACAAGCACGGGUGGGGUCGCAGCAGCUCAACUGAUUCCAGGCAGGCGGCCGCAAUUUCUGGACAUGAAAGGAUUUUAAGACUUCUUAAAUGACCUUCAAAUACAAUGAAUGAGGUGAAAGAAUUACUCAGGAACAUCGAACAGACUUACAAACUUUUCCAGCAACAGCAGUUCACUUUUAUUGCCGCCUUGGAGCACUGCCGGGAGAAUGCUCACGACAAGAUCAGGCCCAUCUCGAGCAUCGGUCAGGUGCAGGACUACAUGGACCACUAUUGUAACAACAGCACUGAUAGUCGGAUCCUUCACAUGUUCCUGAAACUCUGCACUGAGUUGAGCAAGCUCUGCCAACAGUUUGAAUCCCUGCAUCCUGGCACGCCAGCCACCAACAACAUCUUGGACAAAUGCAAAAUCCUUGUCAGCCAAAGCAAUGACCUGAGCAGCCUGCGGGCAAGAUACCCGCAUGAUGUGGUCAACCACUUGAGCUGUGAUGAGGCAAGGAAUCACUAUGGAGGAGUUGUGAGUCUUAUCCCUGUAACACUGGACUUAAUGAAAGAAUGGAUUGCCCACUCUGAAAAAUUACCACGCAAAAUAAGUCAGCAUGUGAGUGACCAGGAGGGCGAAAAGAAGAGUACAGGAGACAAACUUAGCUGCCCUCCCCUUGCCACACAGACUUUGGCUAGGAAAGAAAGAAAUAGGGACCCUAAGAAACAUUACAAAUCUAGAGGGAAAAAUCAAAAGAAAGUUUUCAUUCCUCCUUGGAGACCACCUGGUGGACCUACCCUUUAA